GUAAGGAGGUUAAAAGCAUUUGUGAUAAUAUGUCAGGAGUGGUGGAAUUCUGGCCACAAUAAUUUUGGAGUGAAUUUCAGCUCUGUAAUCUGAGGAGUAAUUAGGAUGCUGUGUGGUUUGAUUUUCGUGUGAGCAGCUUUAAGGUGUGCUUUUUGAGCUCCCAGUAUGGAUACUGGAGAGCGGAAAGAAGUCAGAUGCUGAAACUGCUGUGUAUUUACAGAAAUGGGUUUCAGCACUUGCAUAUGUUGCUGGGCUGCCUGAGGAGAAUUAUGCUAGGGUUAGCUGUGUGCAAGUGCACAGGUCCUGCUUGUGUCAGUGUUGGGAAACCUUUAAGAUCCAGGCUGAGUUUCAUUGUCAAAUACCUGAUCUGAAGUGAUCAAAUGUGUUUCUCUGCAGGCUGAAAAUUUGCCUUGAAUCCCCUUUUCUUUCUCAUGGUAUCAGUUCUUUAUACUGCUGUUCAGAAAGAAAUCUGCAGCAGUUUGAAAAAUGUUUUUACAGCAGUUUUCAGUAUAGUUCAUCUACGCUUUCCUCAUUGUUUACUAAAAAGAAAGCAGUGUGUAAAUGUUUCUAGUCCACAUGAUCUCCUGCUACUUUCAGUACAGUACUGGUGGGAAGAGAAAGUUUUAGGUCCUUUCCCUGCCAGAUCCAGGGUGGAUGUACAAAUGACUGUUUGAAACCACCUUGGUUGUUGUUUUCUCUGCCCAAUAUGUAUGAGGUUGGCUUGUGGGAGACCCGCACUGAUAUUGUGCUUUGUUUCUGUUAGGCUGAAUUUGUCCUUCAGUCAUACAGUAAGCUGAGUGCUAGUGUAUAUUUCUGAGCAAGGAGAGAGUGUCUGGGACUUCAGGGUGUAAGCCAGCCUUGUGUUUCAGCACCAAGCCUUGCAAUAAAGAACCUAAGUGACUACAAGCAUUCUGUUUUGUGUUUCGCUGAGAUUAGCACUUUGCUUAACUCACUGCUUGUUUCCAUAGUGACUCCAUAGUAACUGUUUUAGAAGCUCUGAAGUUUAUUCAGGCAUUUCCAGGCUGACUUUAUGAAAGUUUUCUUUUCUUCUGAGCUAAUGAUGUGGCUGUCAUUGACUACCAUUAGAAUGGCUGCCAAAUUGGUCCCAUGUGGUACAAUCUGGACUGCUGUGUUGCACUUACCCCAGCUACCCAUUUUUAACCUGCCUUGUGGGGCUCUGCUGAAGCUUUAUUUUUAAACAACAACAACACUGUUCUCUUGAUCUGGGAAUCACCUUUGCAAAACUAUUUCAGGUGUUCAGAUUUCCAGAUUAUUUUAAAUAUCAAAAUUAGAGAUGUUUGGAAGUUUAUUCAUUAAUUGUUUAUUUGCUGUCCUUCAAAUGUAAGAUGCUGAUUGUAACAGCACUGCUUGGUAAAAUCCUUCUGUCUUUUAAGCCCAGUAUGCUCUGUUCUGUCUGUGCUGUUUCCAUCUCUAUUCUGAUUUUUCCUGUCAGUCCCCUCGGGUGUUCUGCCUUACUUUAUGUCCUGAUGUUGCACUAGGGGUGGCGUAUGCAGGAAGAAUGAAUAUAGGGACCCAUUUCUCUCCUGAGCUUUGAUGAACCUUUGGGAAUAUAAUGGGGGAGGAACGUGCUGCUACUGCAGGGAAGGGGGAAUGUGUUCCAGGGGUUGGUCUUGGAAUCAUAAACUACAACAAAGAAGGAUUUCCCCUGAUGAUAUGCUAGUAGCCUUGUCCACUGUCUCCUUGUUAACCUGGAUACCAAAUUUAGCAGCCAGCAUUGCUACUGCCUUUGAUACCUCAGCAAAGAUAUAUGAGUUUAUCUGCAAUAAAAUGGUUAUUGAUACGGUACCUCUUUCUGGAGGUAACAAGGGCACGUUUAGCUGAUGUACUCAAGACUUUCUCAUGAGUUUCCCCAUUGUAGCCAGGAGCUCUUUUUCUCUGCAGGCCUUUGACUGCAAGUCUGUGGGAGGCAGAUGAGCACGACUCUUCAGGAUUCUCUAUUGUGCUCUGAAGAUGGGGUUUGGAGGCAGAACUGCAGGAGAAGAAAGUACAGAGGGAGGCAUUACAAUUUUAAAGUCUUGUUGGCCCUUGCAAUACAGAGAGGGAAGGUUUAUGAGGCUAACAAAAGGGAAAACCAAUAUCGCCUCAAGCUUCCAGGCUGCAUGCAGUCGGAGCUGAUCUGUUCUCUGGGGUCUGGACUAGCUCCCCUGUCCUGGCCAGAUACAUAUAAAGUGGCUGUAACCUUUUUGGGUGUUGGCCCCAUUGAACUGCUGUCUGUGUGGAAAUGAGAUCAUGUCUUCUCUUGCACAGGAAGCUGGGAUGCACCAAGGGUGAGUGAACAAGUUACACAGUGAUUCUGACAUGUCAGGUAUUUCACAGAGCCUGCUGCCAGUUUAGGAACAUUUAGAUCUUUGAGACCCUUUUCCAGUGGUGUUCAGAGAAAGAAAGAAAAGAGAGAAUGAAAAAUAAAUCUACUAUAUUACAGACACAAUGAGCUCUGGAUCAAAGUGGGAUGGAGCUUGAAAGGUGAUGUUUUCAGUUUUGCUGGCCAGAGGGGUUGUGACUCGGAUGGCAUGGGUAAACAAUGAGGAGAGUCCCUUUGGGAGUCAGUGUCUGACUUAACGAGCCAGCAGUUAUUAAAAGAUGAAUAGAGGAGAAGUGAACCAUGCUUUCUGGCUGGUAGUGUGGUUUAUUUUCUUCUUUCUUUUCUCUCUUUCUCUCAAAGAUCAAAGGCCUAAUUUUAGAACAAGCCCUAUUUAUGGACUGCUCAGCCACUCUGUCUGUUUUACUCUUGUUCUAGAAUAAUGGAAAAUAAAUAGAGCUGGCAGGUUCUCCCAGGGUCCAGAGCUCAUCCCUGAUGCAAAGCAGGAGAAGAAAAAAAGAAAAAGACCUUUCCUAGCAGAAGUUCUGUAUGAUUUGUCUCUGCAGAGGGUGUUCCCCUCCCUCAGCUCUUUCAAUCUUUCCUUGUGAUCAGAAGCUGAAAAAAUGUGACCUGUGACUGCUUCUGAUGUUCAGCAGAGCUAACUCCUCCUGAUCCCUGCUUUCUUAACUUGCCAUAGCUGACAGGACUGGGCAGACUUGUCUUUCCAAGACUGGUGCUGAGUAUGGAGCUGAGUGCUGGUUUGUGUGCCUCUGGAUUGUCCUCCUACAGAGGAGGAUACAGACCACCAUGAUCAGUUGCACUUUUUUUCUUUUUACAGUAGCAUGAGAUGAUGUUGCCAGACAUCCUUUUUACUGACUGGCUGCCUCUGCCCUUCUCUAGAUCUCUAGACAAUUCCUACUGCUCAGUAGUUCUUGGUGUUUCCUCACAUUACUUGGCACUCCCCUCCCCCUUUCCUCUUCGCCCCCUGCUGUUUUUCUGAUCUAUCAAAAUAAUUUUUAAUUGUUAUCUUGUUCUGAAAAAUUUAGGGUGACAAUUGUCUACAGUAACUGCUCAGUUCAGCUAAACAGUAACUGGGGAAAAACAAUUGUGUGUAGGUGUAGUUUGAGAGUGAGCCUCUAAUUACCCCAUGAGAAUGCCUUUUUUUUUUUUUUACUUCAUCUCCUUUGUGUCAGCGUUUCACCGAAUUUUCUUGGGAUGAUGUUUUCGUACUCCAUAUCACUUGAUACAGUGACAAAAUCCUAGAAAUGCUGGUGUAUUUAGAAUGAAUUUGAGAGUGGUGGUUAAAGGCUGUGUCAGAAUCUGAUGGUGUAAGGAAGCUGCUCUUGCUGUAGGUCCUCUGUGCUGCCAGUCUGAUACCCAACUGCUGCCUGCCAGGUAAAUCUGUCCUGUCCCCAGGUUUUGCAGUACUGAGGAUAUUCACUGGUCUGCAGCUUUGGGAGAAGGGAGAAGAAUCAGUCCAAAACCUCUCUGCUGGGAAUUGUGCAAGAGGCAUUCCAGCUGGGGGCAGGGGUCUGUGUGCCUCUGCUCUUUACACCGCUGAAGCUUAAUUGGUACAAAGCUGCAGAUACGGGUGCACUGUGCAGAGCCAGAGUGAAGUUAAUCCAUGCAGAAGAGCUUGUCUCACGAGUGGGAGUGCUGAGCAGAGGGAAGAAGUCUCCUAAAAUCGUUCGCCUUUCCAGAUUCCCGGCAGUGGUGGGAGCCUGGCAGCCCCUGGAAUGAAGCGGUGCAGGCUGCGUAGCAACUGCAUUGAGGAGUGGAAUUCUGCUAUUCCACAAGGGGGAAAAUGCCUCUGCUGAAGUUUCUGUAGCUCCAAUUUCGUGAAUAAAGAUCAGUCGCUUUGGAGUUAUUCACAGCAGCUCUGUCAUUACUGACUCAUCUAUCUGCUUCAAGAAAAUGUUGGCUGUCCACUUGCUAGCUUUCCAUUUCACAAAGCUAAAAGAGGAUCAAAUAAAAAAGGUGGACAGGUACCUGUACCAGCUGCGCCUCUCCGACGAUGUCCUGCUGGAUGUCACAGCUCGCUUCCAGGCCGAGAUGGGGAAGGGGCUGGCCAGAGACACGAGCCCCACGGCAGCGGUGAAAAUGCUGCCCUCGUUUGUGCGCUCGCUGCCCGAUGGCUCAGAGAAGGGUGACUUCCUUGCUCUGGACCUGGGCGGCUCCCAGUUUCACAUCCACUGGGUGAAGGAGUUUGAUGAUGGGAAGCAGAGCAGCCAGCUGGAGAGCAAGUCCUACCCCACACCCAAGGAGGUCAUGCAGGGGAACGGAGCCGAGCUCUUUGAUUACAUUGCUGACUGUCUGUCAGACUUCAUGGAGACCAAAAACCUGAAGCAUAAGAAGUUACCGCUUGGAUUUACGUUUUCUUUUCCGUGCAAACAGACCAAGCUGGAGGAGCCUCUCUUAUUUCUAGUGAUCUGUGCUUUGGGCUCCAGUCCUGCAAAUGCCUUUUGCUUAAUGCUAUUAGACUGUGAUCAGCAUAGGAAAGCCACAUGUGCUUUAAAAUGGGAAAAACAUUUACAGAAUUGGGACUUUAUGGCUGUACCUUUUUGGUGUGUUGGUACUGACAUGUACUCCAAGGGGGUUCUUCUUGCGUGGACAAAACACUUCAGGGUCCGAGGAGUUCAGGACACAGACGUGGUGAGCUCUCUGCACAGGGCCCUCCAGAAGCACCAGGACAUAGACGUUGAUGUUCUGGCACUGGUCAAUGACACGGUGGGAACCAUGAUGACUUGUGGAUAUGAUGACCAGCGCUGUGAAGUUGGACUCAUAAUUGGGACGGGCACCAACGCCUGCUACAUGGAGGAGAUGAGGCACAUCGACCUGGUGGAGGGGGAUGAAGGGAGGAUGUGCAUUAACACGGAGUGGGGGGCCUUCGGAGACGACGGUGCUUUAGAUGACCUCCGCACAGAGUUUGAUCGGGAGCUGGAUCUGGGAUCUCUCAACCCUGGAAAACAACUGUUUGAGAAGAUGAUCAGCAGCCUGUAUUUGGGGGAACUUGUGAGACUCAUUCUCCUAAAAAUGACAAAGGAAGGUCUGCUCUUCAAUGGGAAAGUGUCGACAGCUCUGCUUACUAAGGGCAAGAUUGAAAUGAAACACGUGUCUGCAAUGGAAAAGUACAAGGAAGGCCUGAGCAACACAAAAGAGAUCCUUACAGAGCUGAAGCUGUUUCCCUCUGAGGAGGACUGUGUUGCUGUUCAGCACGUCUGCGCCGUCGUUUCCUCCCGCUCGGCCAAGCUCUGCGCCGCCGCCUUGGCAGCCAUCCUCACCCGGCUCCGGGAGAACAAGCAGCUGCUGAGGAUGCGCACCACUGUUGGGAUUGAUGGGGGGCUCUACAAAACCCACCCCAAGUUCGCCGGCCGCCUGCACAGGGCGGUGGGCAGGCUGGUGCCCGCGUGCGAGGUGCGGUUCCUGCGGUCGCGGGGCGGCAGCGGCCGGGGGGCCGCGGUGGUGGCGGCGGUGGCGCGCAGGCUGGCAGCCCAGCGCCGGCGCCUCCACACCGCGCUCGCAGCCCUUCUGCUGCCCCCCGCCAUCCUCUGGGAGCUGAGGGACAAGAUGAGGGCUGAGCUGGAGCACGGGCUCAAGAGAGAGACGCAGGCCCAGGCCACGGUGAAGAUGCUGCCCACGUUCGUCCGUGGGACGCCAGAUGGAACAGAGAAAGGAAAGUUCCUUGCCCUUGACCUCGGUGGCACAAAUUUCAGGGUUCUGCUGGUCAAAAUCAAAAGUGGGAGAAGAAGAUCAGUGCAAAUGUAUAACAAAAUCUUUGCCAUUCCUUUGGAGAUCAUGCAAGGGACAGGAGAAGAGCUCUUUGACCAUAUUGUCCAGUGCCUAGCAGACUUUCUGGAGUAUAUGGGGAUUAAAGGUGCUCGUCUUCCUCUGGGCUUCACCUUCUCCUUCCCCUGCAGGCAAGCCAGCAUUGACAAGGGAACGCUUGUGGGAUGGACAAAAGGAUUCAAGGCAACAGACUGUGAGGGGGAAGAUGUUGUUGAUAUGCUAAGAGAGGCUAUCAGGAGAAGAAAUGAGUUUGACUUGGACAUUGUAGCAGUGGUGAAUGACACUGUUGGGACCAUGAUGACUUGUGGCUAUGAGGAUCCAAACUGUGAGAUUGGCCUUAUUGCAGGAACAGGCACCAAUGUUUGCUACAUGGAGGACAUGAAAAACAUAGAAAUAGUGGAAGGGAAUGAAGGAAAAAUGUGUAUUAAUACAGAAUGGGGAGCAUUUGGUGACAAUGGCUGCAUUGACUACAUCAGGACAAAAUAUGAUAGAGAAGUAGAUGAAGGCUCAUUAAACCCAGGGAAACAGAGGUAUGAAAAGAUGACCAGUGGAAUGUACCUAGGUGAAAUAGUAAGGCAAAUUUUGAUUGACUUAACCAAACAAGGGCUGCUGUUCAGAGGACACAUUUCGGAAUCUCUCAGGAAAAAAGGCAUAUUUGAAACAAAAUUCCUGUCUCAGAUUGAGAGGGACCGGCUCGCCCUCCCGCAGGUGCGGCACGUCCUGCGGCAGCUGGGCCUGGACAGCACCUGUGAGGACAGCAUCAUCGUCAAGGAGGUGUGUGCAGCUGUUUCAACAAGAGCUGCCCGGCUCUGUGGGGCAGGCCUGGCUGCUGUUGUGGAGAAGAAGAGGGAGAACCAAGGUGUGGAGCGCUUGCAAAUCACUGUUGGAGCAGAUGGGACUCUGUACAAGCUCCAUCCGCAUUUUUCUAGGAUCCUGCAGGAAACAGUGAAGGAGCUGGCCCCUCAGUGUGAUGUGAGUUUCAUGCUUUCUGAAGAUGGAAGUGGGAAGGGAGCUGCCCUCAUUACUGCAGUUGCAAAAAGAUUGCAUAAUGUUGGACAGAAGUAGAAAUGAGUGGUCAGGUAAUUUCAGCCUGCCAGGCGUGUGCAGCAGGGGUUUGCUGAGUGGUGGUUCCAGAUAGCUUUGCCAGGUACCAACACACAGGUACCUUCUUUUGAGGAGCAGCUGGUUCUGACCAACCAGGAUUGUGGAGUUUUGGUAACUUGGGUUAAGUGUUUCUGCUCCCCACUGCCAUUAUGUCUUGGCAUACCACAGUCUACUCAGUUCUGUACUUCCUGCAAUGCAUCUCCAAUGCACAUGGGAGAGUGAAAACAAAACAAAAUCAACCCAAAUGUGUCUUUUUACAACAUCUUAAUUAAGCUACUGUACCACAACUGAGUUUAUCACCAGUUUCUUAGGAUUCGUGUGCUUAGUUUUGUCUUGCCCUGGCUCAAAGAAUAUUGAGAUUAUGAUGUUGCAUCUUAUCUAGUGGACAUAUUUGUUCAAUGCUUCACAGGUUUUACAAUAAAUUUGCAGGUGAAAUAAAUGAAUGGACCUUUGGUCAGUGAUGCUCCCCCGCUGCUGCACUGGUUGCAAGUGUAAUACAAUAUUUCCCUGAGGACAGGAGGCAUGUUUAAUAGAUGAAUGUAAAGGAAAGCAAUGUGAUUCCACAGAAUAUCAGUUUGUGUCAAAAUAUGUCAGUGCAUCUGAGUCACAUAAAGCUAAACCAAUGCUGCAUGGAUUCUGACUGUGACUGAUUCUUUUGAUACUGAAGGAAACAGAGAAUGUAGAAGGAGCUACAGAUCUGCAAUGUCUGUGUCAGGGCUACAUAGAGGGUAUCAAACAGGCCACCAAAACUGUGUAGAGGAAAAAAAAAAAUCACCUAAAUUUCUGAAAGUCUCCUCUUUUGUUUUCCCUCUGUUAUCUUCUUGCAUGUUCCUGAGAGAAUUGUUUCUAUUUUGUGCAAAGGAGUUUAUCCUUGGUUUUUAUUUUCUGUUGCCUGCUGCUCUGCCCGUUUGUAGUUUGUAAAUAAAUCUGUGUUGUUGUGA